AUAAAAGUGGAAGCCCUGGGUUUCACAGAUUCAUUAAGGUUCAACAAGAAGCACAGUGCCUGUAAAAGAGAAUCUAUUAAACCCGAACGGUCAAACUCAGCAUAGAAAAGAAGGACGUCGCGUGUAUUCUGUUGAACUACUGUGGUGUUGUGUCUGUGCAAUUUGUACGUAUUCUGCAAGAGGAAACCCAGAAAAGUGUUGCAAACCCAGCAGUGGCUCUGUGAAACACCCAGUUUUGGAGAUAAUCCCAGGGAGUUUUCAGAGGUAAUUCAUCAUGAAGUGUGCAGCAAUGGAAUGGCUGAGAGGGAUUACUCUACUAUUUAUAAUCCAAACAGUUGUCACAAUGGUCAUCUCAAAUUCUACCCGCUUGGAGUCUCUUUUGGAAAAGUACAUGGAAAAGGAUGAGGAGUGGUGGAUCUCCAAGCAGCGAGGGAAAAGAGCCAUCACAGAGAGUGACAUGCAGGUCAUCCUGGAUCUUCAUAAUAAACUGAGGGGUCAAGUGUACCCCUCAGCUUCCAAUAUGGAGUACAUGGUAUGGGAUAUAGAACUUGAGAGAUCCGCAGAAGCCUGGGCUGAAACCUGUUUAUGGGAGCACGGACCCGCUAGCCUUCUCCCAUCAAUAGGUCAAAACCUAGGUGCUCACUGGGGAAGGUACCGACCUCCUACCUUUCACGUUCAAGCCUGGUAUGAUGAAGUGAGAGACUACAUAUACCCAUACCCUCAAGAAUGCGACCCAUAUUGCCCCUUCAGAUGCUCUGGGCCAGUCUGUACUCAUUAUACACAGGUAGUAUGGGCAACAAGUAGCCGCAUAGGCUGUGCUAUCAACCUGUGUCACAAUAUGAAUGUCUGGGGCCAGAUAUGGCCAAAAGCAAUUUACCUUGUUUGCAAUUAUUCUCCCAAGGGAAACUGGUGGGGCCAUGCACCCUAUAAGAAUGGACGCUCAUGUUCUGCUUGCCCACCUAGCUAUGGGGGUGGCUGUAGAGAGAAUCUCUGCUAUAAAGAGGAUGGGUCAAACAGCCGCUACUCUCCUCAAGAACCUGAAGAAACAAACGAAAUCGAACGACAAAGGAUUAAAACACAAGACUCCAGACCGAGGACUCAUUCCCCGACCUCCUCUACGAGAACGGAAGAACUGGAUAAGAAUGAAGUUAUAAAUACAGAACAGAUGUCUCAACAAAUUAGUUGUGAAACAAGACUUCGUGACAAAUGUAAAGGAACGACUUGUAACAGAUACGAGUGCCCUGCUGGUUGUUUGGACAGUAAAGCUAAAGUAAUUGGAAGUGUUUAUUUCGAAAUGCAAUCCAGCAUUUGUAGAUCUGCAAUACAUUACGGAUUGAUAGACAAUGAUGGUGGCUGGUUGGAUGUUACGAGACAAGGACGAAAGGAUUACUUUAUUAAAUCAAACAAACAUGGAGUACAAUCUAUAGGCAAAUAUCAGUCUGCUAACUCGUUUACAGUGUCGAAAGUACCAGUAAAAGCAGUUACCUGUCAGACAACAGUGGCCCAAAUGUGUCCAUUCCAAAAACCAGUUACACAUUGUCCAAGGUUAUAUUGUCCCCGUAACUGCAUGCAGGAGAACCCACAUUUGGCACGUGUCAUUGGAUCACGGAUUUAUUCUGAUAAAUCCAGUAUAUGCAGAACUGGAAUACACGCUGGUGUCAUUCGGAACAGUGUAGGAGGCUACAUUGAUGUGAUGCCUGUGGACAAAAGGAAACAAUAUGCUGCUUCAUAUCAGAAUGGCAUAUUCUCAGAAAGUUUACAAAACCCACCUGGAGGCAAAGCAUUCAGGGUGUUUGCAGUGAUAUGAAUGCAACGCAUGAAGACCAUUCAACAAAAUGGAGCACUUGGAAAGAAACCGUUGAUAAUUGCAAUGCUUCCUGUCACUUAUGACAGUGAAACACUCAAAUCAGGAACAGUUUAAUAGUUUACUUCAUAAACACACAAUAGGGAAGAGAUGACACUGCUCACAUAGAAGUUGUUACCACAGAAUAAUCAUUUGUGUGCACUUGUACAUUUGAUGAAUUUACCAUUCCAUGUUGUAAAAAAGAAUGUUAGUAAUAUUGAUUAUUUUAUAAUUUUAUAUAUAAGCAAUAAGCAUCAUAAUCAAAAAUAAUGUAUUGUUUAAUCUCAAACUUGUACAUUGUUAAUACAACAAAACACGUAAAAAUACACCAAGAGGUUGUAUCUGGCCUACUUUCAGCGCACUUAAAAAGAUCAAAACUUUUGAUAACAUAAUAACUGCAUUAUACAAAUAUCCAUUACAUGUAGGCCUACCUUAAAUCACGUUUUCUAUUAUUGUUAUUUAUUAAUCCUGAGAGUCACUUUCAUCACUAUCACUUAUUAGCAGUUCAUUACACGCCUCCUCCUCCUCAUCUUCCUCGGCUUCAAUGGCAAUGACAGGGACCCAGCGUUUAAUAGAGACCCAGUGUUUAUUUACAAUAUUUGCCAGCAGACCCAGCGAUUUUAUUUGAAGUUUUACGAGAUAUAUAUAUAUAUAUAAUUAGGGAUUUUUAAUUGCUUUAAUGAGCUUUGCUCAAUUAAGAAUUAAUUGUUUAAUUAAAAAGCGAAAAGCAAAUCUUGAAUAAUGGCGGAGGGUACAUACUGGAAGGUAUACCCAGUCUUUCACAAUAUCUUGGAAUGAGUAAAAAAUAGACUUGCAAUAUUGCAACAUUUGCUCAUCGGUGCUUUCCUUUCUCAACAGUACUAGAAGUUUAUUGUAUCAUCUUGGUCGCAAGUAAGCUGAUUUUUAUUUUUAUUCAACGUAUUUCUUUCAGACAGUUUUAGAAAAUGUAAAACUGUCUGGCUUAAUGAUUUAACUACAGUGUUUAUAGUUAGGUUUUGCUGUUGGGAACAUUAAAACGUGAAGCUGAAGAAAGCUAAAACCUGUAAAAUGAUAUAAGUAUAUUAAACAUUAGCUGGCAUUAUGAAACAUUUGCAGUAAAUAGUGUAAGUUGCAUAUAAUCUAAAAGCUAAAUUCAAAAUGUAAUCAAUAAAAUACAGUUUGUGUUAUAAAUCGGUAAUACAAUUAUAUUUGAGAUGCUGUAGCUUUGAGAGUGCUAUGUGUCACAGUGCUUGCAGAGACAGUGAAGUUAUGGGGAUGGAUGUAGUACAAGAGCGAAGUAAGCUUGUUACUUUGGCAGCUUUAAUCCUGCAGGAAUAUCAGUUCAUAUUCCUGUUUGUAUAAUUGGAAAAGGCAUGAUCAAGUUACUAUCUGUCUGUCUAUCUCUAUCUAUUUAUUACGGGAGACAAGCAUAGACGUAACCCUGGACUUGUUUCACAAACAUCUGUCUGGAAGUGGUUUUCUUUCACUGAUUGGCCAGCUACAAUAGCAUUAUGUUAAUACUUGCAAACAGGUGGGAUUAAUAUAGGGAUCCUAAAAAAAUAUACGAAUAGCACUUAUGGUUUCCAACCAGAAACAACUGUAAAAUAUUUUCAUUGAAUAUGUAAAACCUAAUGUUCAGGAGCAGGUGCUUUAUAUUUCCAGAGAUCAUGAUUAAAAUUAAGGAUGUUUUGUGGUUCUAGAUUUUUAAAAAGACAUGUUGUACUUUGUAAAAAUUCAGUAACAGGAUGCUGCUAACCCAUGAGAUGUACAUCAUAACACAGAUUUCAUUGAAACUAGAAUCUGACCUUUUGAAUGCCUGGCAGAUACUCCUGCAGGCCAGGAUGUAUAGUGGUAUCAGUACAGUUUAAAAAAAAAAUUGCGCUUUAUAGAAUAAUUGUUUUCACCACAACAUAGAAAUCAGCUACUGUAUGGUGACCAGAAUAUGCCAUUUGUUUUACUAUACUGUGUUAUAUAGCAAAUACAGACGUGCUCAAAUUUGUUGGUACCCUUACAGUUCAUUGAAAUAAUGCUUCAUUCCUCCUGAAAAGUGAUGAAAUUAAAAGCUAUUUUAUCAUGUAUACUUGCAUGCCUUUGGUAUGUCAUAGAAUAAAGCAAAGAAGCUGUGAAAAGAGAUGAAUUAUUGCUUAUUCUACAAAGAUAUUCUAAAAUGGCCUGGACAUAUUUGUUGGUACCCCUUAGAAAAGAUAAAUAAUUGGAUUAUAGUGAUAUUUCAAACUAAUUAGUUUCUUUAAUUAGUAUCACACAUGUCUCCAAUCUUGUAAUCAGUCAUUCAGCCUAUUUAAAUGGAGAAAAGUAGUCACUGUGCUGUUUGGUAUCAUUGUGUGCACCAUACUGAACAUGGACCAGAGAAAGCAAAGGAGAGAGUUGUCUGAGAUCAGAAAGAAAAUAAUAGACGAGCAUGGUAAAGGUAAAGGCUACAAGACCAUCUCCAAGCAGCGUGAUGUUCCUGUGACAACAGUUGCAAAUAUUAUUAAGAAGUUUAAGGUCCAUGGAACUGUAGCCAACCUCCCUGGGCGCGACCGCAAGAGGAAAAUCGACCCCAGAUUGAACAGAAGGAUAGUGCGAAGGGUAGAAAAAGAACCAAGGAUAACUGCCAAAGAGAUACAAGCUGAACUCCAAGGUGAAGGUACGUCAGUUUCUGAUCGCACCAUCCGUCGCUUUUUGAGCGAAAGUGGGCUCCAUGGAAGAAGACCCAGGAGGACUCCACUUUUGAAAGAAAAACAUAAAAAAGCCAGACUGGAAUUUGCUCAAAUGCAUAUUGACAAGCCACAAUCCUUCUGGGAAAAUGUCCUUUGGACAGAUGAGUCAAAACUGGAGCUUUUUGGCAAGUCACAUCAGCUCUAUGUUCACAGAUGAAAAAAUGAAGCUUUCAAAGAAAAGAACACCAUACCUACAGUGAAACAUGGAGGAGGCUCGGUUAUGUUUUGGGGCUGCUUUGCUGCGCCUGGCACAGGGGGCCUUGAAUCUGUGCAGGGCACAAUGAAAUCUCAAGACUAUCAAGGGAUUCUGGAGCGAAACGUACUGCCCAGUGUCAGAAAGCUCUGUCUCAAUUGCAGGUCAUGGGUCCUCCAACAGGAUAAUGACCCAAAACACACAGCUAAAAGCACCCAAGAAUGGAUAAGAACAAAAUAUUGGACUAUUCUGAAGUUGCCUUCUAUGAGUCCUGAUCUGAAUCCUAUCGAACAUCUAUGGAAAGAGCUGAAACUUGCAGUCUGGAGAAGGCACCCAUCAAACCUGAGACAGCUGGAGCAGUUUGCUCAGGAAGAGUGGGCCAAACUAUCUGUUAACAGGUGCAGAAGUCUCAUUGAGAGCUACAGAAAAUGUUUGAUUGCAGUGAUUGCCUCUAAAGGUUGUGCAACAAAAUAUUAGGUUAGCGGUCCCAUCAUUUUAGUCCAUGCCAUUUUCAUUUGUUUUAUUAUUUACAAUAUUAUGUUGAAUAAAAAAUCAAAAGCAAAGUCUGAUUUCUAUUAAAUAUGGAAUAAACAAUGGUGGAUGCCAAUUACUUUUGUCAGUUUCAAGUUAUUUCAGAGAAAAUUGUGCAUUCUUCGUUUUUUGUGGAGGGGUACCAACAAAUUUGAGCAUGUCUGUAUAUUUGUUUCUAUGAAAAGAAAUAUAUUAUUGUGCUUGGUAAAAUGUUUUAUUUAUAUUGCAGUCUUCUGAUGUUGAGACCUUAUAAACUUGUAUACUAUUUUAUGCCUUUGUUAGCAAUAUGUACUACCUCACAUGGUUAGAAAAGCUUUGUGCAAAUCGCUAUGUUAUUUGCAAUAAAAGUAUAAAGGUUU